UUCAUAUUUUGCCGGAAAACAGAGAAGAAGAUGAAGAAGAGGAGGAUCCUGGGAGAUUUAUUGGGCGGAUGGCUGUCUCUGUCAGAGGAGGAGGAGCAGAGGAGGAGGCGCCGCUCACUCUGCAAAAUUUCAACCACAGGAAACACAGGCGGAGAGAGGAGGGAGGAGCCGGCCAAUCAGAGAAGGCCAUCAGUGUCGUCAGGCAGAAUGGUUACAGAGCGCCCCUGCUACUACACAGCAUCUCCAGCUCCUCUUCCCAUGAUGCCUUGCACCUCCUCCAGUCAGCCCAGAGUGUUCGGACCUGCAGCCAAUCAGUGGACUCUGUGUCUUGUCCAGAAUCCCUCAGUGUCUUAUCCGGCCAAUGGUGUUUCUCUGAUUUCACCCCUCCCCUCUCCCUUUCCUCAAAUCACAGGGCUUUCCGCCUGUGGCUACGGUCCUCCUCCUCUUCAUUUAGCCCCGCCCACAUGCUACGGCUGUCAGUGGUUGCCAUGGAGACAGUAUCGGAGUUAGUGAGGGGCGGGGUAUGUGGGAGUCCCUUGUGGCCCCUGAAGGACUGGACAGCCGCGCCCAGUCUAAGCAAUGACCACUGUUACAUGCGAACUCCAACACAGAGCUUGACUUUUUCAGCCCGGCGACAGCAGAAGCAACGGGCCAAUCACAGCGCUCGGAGUGUCCACCUACCCCGGCGACGGACCCUGCCCCUUCCCCCAUGUCCAGCCAAUGGACUGUCUGAUCCGUUCCCUGCCAGCCAAUCAGCAGCCAGCUCUGAGUUUCUCAGCACAAAAGGAGAGCGUGGAAAACGAGUCUCACAGAUUCGCAUCCGCCGAGCACCGCCACGGGAAACGCCGCUCACACCAAUGGGACUGCCAAAAGUCAAAAGAUUAAAGAAGAAAGAGUUCAGUCUGGAGGAGAUUUACACCAACAAGAACUACAAAUCCCCCACCACCAACAGGAGUCUGGAGACGAUUUUUGAAGAGCCGCGAGAGAAGGAUGGAACGCUGCUUUUGAUUGGUCAGCAAAGGAGGCGCAGGCUCCUCCUCUUCCCUGAUUUCACUCAGCCCAGGAAGAGGAAGAGGCCACAGGGGGGGGGGCUUCCUGUUGCCAUGGUGCCCAGGAAGCGGGCAGCGGCUCGGCGACAUUGCCACGUCAAUGGCUCCGGUGACGAUGACGCAGACCUGGACGUGAUGCUGGUGGAGCGACUGAGCGCGCUUGAAGACUUCCUUACACGGCAGGGCCUAGACGUGUGAGCUAUGACCAUCACUCUCUGUCAGCUGACUAAAGGCCAAAUAAACACGAGCUGCUAGCACGCCUGCUAACCGCCUCGUUACCGCAGUGAUGUCAUCAGUCAGGCGGUCACGUGUAGCAGGUUUUUGUUUUUUCUUUCUUUUUUUUUUGC